CACAGGCGGAGUAUCCCCUCGGCGCCUAAUUGGUUCCCAGGUGUGCAGGCUACGCCCCGCCCCGUGGACACGCCCCCACAGGGUCAAAGCUACUGAUCCCAUGGCAACUAAUGUUUCUAAUAGUCCAAGUCUGUGACUUUGCCCAGAUGUCAUUCAGUUCUGGCAAGUGGAGUGAACUUAGGAUGUCAGCCAAGACCUUUUGGGGGAUUCUUGCUCUGCUCCGAAUUUUCUGGUGUCUUCUUCCUCAGACAGGUUACCUUCAUCCUGAUGAAUUCUUCCAAUCACCUGAGGUCAUGGCAGGAGAUAUUUUAGACCUACAAGUCUAUUAUCCCUGGGAAUUCCUUUCCAAUUCUCCUUGUAGAACAGUUGUGUUCCCAUUAAUUACAUCUGGCAUUACCUACUGGAUGAUCAAGUCUUUGCAACAGCUAGGCAUGUGGUCAAAUGGCAUCAAUAGCUACACCCUUCUUGUGUCACCUCGCCUUCUCCUCACCACCUUUUCUUUCAUACUUGACUAUAGCGUGUAUCGGCUAGCUCCUUUCUGGGGUGCAGAUCGGUGGAACGCCCUGGUUCUGCUUGCUGGGUCCUAUGUCACACUAGUAUUUUACACAAGAACAUUUACUAACACACUUGAAGGACUUCUGUUUGCCCUGCUGAUGGUACUAAUAUCUCCAAAAGCAGUUGGUUAUGGAACAGACAUCAGCCAGGCGAAACCUACCAGUAGCAGUCUCAUAGGGAUUAUAACAGUUGCUGGGUUUUUCAACAGGCCAACUUUUCUGGCAUUUGCUUUAAUGCCACUGCUUUACUGGGCAGUUUUAAAUGCCACUUCUCAGCACAGCAUUAAAACUAUUGCAAACCACCUCUUGAAGCUUGUUUCAAGCACAGCUUUCACUGCCAUCAUCUUCACAGCAGCUGAUACGUUAUAUUUUACCUCCAUUGGAUCAGAGAUUAGCCUAUACAGCAUUAAAAAGAAUGGCCUGUUAAGCACCAUAGCUCAAAUAAAUCAGAAUGUAAUAGUGACCCCUUUUAAUUUUCUUCGCUAUAAUCUUAAUCCCCAUAAUCUUGCACAGCAUGGGAUUCACCCAAGAUUUACUCAUUUUGCAGUCAAUGGGAUAAUGCUCUUUGGGAUCCUGCACAUUCUGGCCAUCAGUGUUGGUUUAAAAAUGCUGAAAGUAAACAUCCAUCUAUUAUCAUGGAUCAGACUACAUAAUCAUAGGCCACCUACAAUGUUAAUGCUUGCCAAGGGCAAUCCAACAUUAUUAUUAUUCUAUUUUGUUCCUUUGGCAUUCCUUUCCCUAUUCAACCACCAAGAACCUCGAUUCCUCAUUCCUCUUAUUUUACCACUAGUCCUAUUGAUCACACCGCAGAAUAGAACCCUGAAGUGGAAACCCAUCAUUAUUAUUUUCAAUGUUCUUGGUGCCCUUUUGUUUGGGUGCUUACACCAGGGAGGGCUGAUCCCAUGCCUGUCUCAUUUAGAACAGCUCAUACAUUCUACAGAGUCCCUGAACCAUCCAGCACACUAUAUUCUACUCUUUGCUCACACCUAUAUGCCUCCCAGGUUUCUGCUCAGUAUCAACAAGAGAGACCCAUUAGUAGAAAUAAUUGAUAUGGCUGGAACUGAAGAAAACACCCUCUGCCAAACACUGGGACAAUUAGCAAACAACAUUGCCUGUGGGACUAGAGAGACUGAUAAAGAAAGAACUUGUCAUUUUUUUGUUAUAACCCCUGGUACAGUCAGAACAACAAUACAAAAAUGUGGGGUUUUGUUCAAGAAUGAGACGUUAAUAUUUCCACACUUGACAAUGGAAGAUCCACCACAAAUAUCCUUUCUAUUCAGUGAAAAAUGGAGAAGUCAGUUAGGACUAUACAUCCUUCAGAUAGACAGAAAUGAACAGAGCAUUUAGUUAUUAGAGGAUUUAUGUUUCACUUUUUAAUUGUAUUUCAUUCUGGUGAAAGUUGCUGGAUCAACAGUCCUGGAGAUUGAUGUUCUCUCCCUUUAUUCACAGACAUGAGUACAGCACAAACAGUGGGAGUGCAAACUUCCCCAUAUUGUCCCCCCCCCACUAUUACCCUCACCAGUGUUCCUUAGCCCUGUUCUGGAUGGAUGCUAUCUAAGUGUGAGGUCAUUCAAUCUCCAGCAUUGUUUUUACACCAGGAUAAUUUUCCUGCUGGGAGAGGACUAAAUCAGAGAAAAAAGGCUUAAGUUCUCUGCACAAAACUUUCCAGACGGUUUUGGGUCAGUUCUUCUCGUGUCAGGUAUAAUGUUUCAUUUUUUUGAUUUCUUUUAUUAUAUCUCUUUGGAUUAUACUUUUUAUUUAUAUGCCUUAAUGCUACAGAUAAGCAUUCAGGACCUCCUCCCAGUAGUAACAGCAGGCUCUAGUCAUGAUAUAGAAUUCAUCUUUAUGAGCACCUCAGUUACAGGAUUGUGCAUGAUCAGAUAUAUCCUCUCAAGGGAUUGUAUCAUGUCCUUGAAAAAGGAGUGGGAUUAGUUUCAUUGUCUAGUAAUGUCUAAUGUUUUAUCACUAGCAAGUCAGAUCCUAGGAAUGGAAACCCCAGGUUCAAGUCCCAAACCAGCCACUGCUUAGUCUUACUGUUCAUUUAGCUUUUCCUGCUACAGGGCCAUUUAUUUGUGGAAACAGUAUAUUUUAAAUUGCCUUUCUGUUAGGAGUGGAUCUGAACUUGAACCCUGGAUCCACAGAUCCCUGAACUACAGUGAGGGGAAUUGCAGAAGUUGAACCAAGAUCUGGAUAGAAAUUUCACACAGGUGACCCCCUUUGGAUACAGGAGUUUCGUUCUGGGCAUUAUGGACAAACACUUCCAGACUUCGGGGAAAUAUUAAUCCUGAUCCAAAUCUUGUAUGUCAAGCCGUCUCUUUCAGAUGAACCUGCCAGUGAUAAAUGGGUCCUGUUCAAAUGCCAGUCAUACUACACGAAGGGCAUGGUACAUACAGUUUCAGAUCUUAAAUGCCAAUUUUACAAGCAGACCAAAUAAUGGACUAUGAAGAUAGUUUAUGGGGCCAAGUUAUAAAAGGAAAUCAAGACCAAGUCCCAAAGAAUUUAUCAUUGUUUGCCAGAUUUCACAGAAGACAAUGCCCGUGCUUGGCAUUCUGAUCAAUGUAAAUAGUUUUUGGUCUCUGCAAAGCACUUUAUACUAGGGGAGAAAGCUGUUUUUCCUAACUGUGGAAAUGCAUGUAGGUUAUGUGUGUUUGUUUGCUUUGCUGUUUUAUGUAACAUUAGAAGAAGUUAUGAAAACACCUUGAUACUGUACUGUAUUUUUCAGGUUAAUUCUAUUGUUUUUUAUGCUGCUACAUGUUUCUGGAAAGAAUCUUGUUCCAUAUGUUUUGUGUUAUAGUUGGGUGGGGGUGUUGUACUAACUUUUCAGAACCAUGUUUAAUAUUUCAGAACUUCCUUGGUGUUCAUAGCAGAAUUAAGUGAAGACUCUUAGUAAAGAACUGUACUUCUUUUCUAUAUCUUGGAAUGUAUAUAACCUCCAUCACCAUAGUAUCUGAAAGUCUUAUGGCUCCCAUUUGAUGUAGUGAACUAUUAUUCUCCAUGGUACACUGAAAUCGUGUGGCUUUUCUAUGGUCACAGAGGCAGCCUGUGGCAGAUCCAAGAACAGAACGUGGCUCUCCUUAGUGCCAAUCUAUCUCCUUAAUCUCAAACCCAUCUUUCCUCUCUUACCAGGUAGAUCUUUGCUGUUUAUAUGUGGGCCCGUAUACCUUGCAUAUGUAAAAUGCCUACUGACAUCAAGUGGAGUUUUUAGGUGUGCAAAGGAUGCAGGACAUGCCUGUAUGUGUGUCAGAUUUAAUCUUAGUUCAAUAGCACUCUUCAUCUUCAAGCAUACAAAAUGUUAUACAAAUUAAGUGUACACAGGAAAUUCAGCUACUACUGUAAUGGACCAUGAUUACUCUUCAGCACACAGCAACAUUACACAAAUUAAAAACAGGCAGUGAGAAAUACCAUCUCCAACUGAAACUGUAUGGAGGGAAAGAAGGUUAAUAGACCUUUGUAUUAUGAUGUAUUGCCCAUUAAGAUAGCAACAUACUGUUUUAUAUAAUUCUUUCAAAUAACACAUUCUGAGGGCUAUUUUAAUACUGACGUUUCUUUCUGCCCCCACCACAGCCAGGGACUUGCCUGGGCAAGUGAUUUAAUCUUUCUGUGACUCAUUUUACCUAUCUGUAAAGUGGGGUUAAUACUUACCCCACCCAACAUCUAAAGUUCUUUGAGAUCUUCAGAUGAAAGGGGCACUAUAAAUGCAAAGUAUUACUAUUGUAUAUAAGAUGCCUGCUGUGACAGAUAUGGCAAUUUACUGCAAUAUCUUUGGGAGAUCUUACUGUAUUAAGUAUAUGUAACAUUGUGGGCCAGACACUGUAUGUAAUUCCAUGGGGGUGGGUGAACACAGCUUCUCCAGGAACUAAGAACAGUGGGGGUGAUUUGGAAAAUUUACUUAGGUUGUAACCAGUGAUGAGCUCCCAAAAUCCUAAGGACCAGUUCCCUACCGGGUCCUCGGUGGCACUUAGGCAGCGGGGCAAGGUGUGUGUGUGGGGGUGUCUUCACUCGCUCUGCAUUUUUGGCAGCAUUUCAGUGACAGGUCCUUCACCCGGAGUGAGUGAAGACACCCCCUGGCCUCUGAAGUGCCGCCAAAGACCCAGUAGGGAACCACACCGUGAGUACAGUACAAACCCCACGUGCCUGUCUCCCUCCCCACCCAUCUGACCCCAACUCACAUCCUGCCCCCGACUGCCCGCCUCAGAACCCGC